AUGGCGGCUCUGGCGGUCCUCGGGGCUCCCCCGGUCCCCAAAAUCUUCGCCACGAGGGAGGAGGGGCCGAUCCCCGGCGGGAUCAACCCGGCAGAAGCAUGGCUGGAGUCCCACGGCCGCAGCCUCGGACACUUCGUGGACGGAUCGUGGCUGAAGCCACGAAGGACGAGCCUGGAGUGCCAGGAGGCCACCACCGGCCGGACAGUGGCAGUGGUGCCGGCGGGGGACAGCUCAGACCUGGCCGUGGCAGUGGCAGCAGCGGCAGCAGCAGCCAAGGCCUGGGUGGGCCUGGGGGGGCCCCAGCGGGGGCAGUGCCUGACCCGGCUGGCUGCCACACUUGAUGGUGACCGCAGGGGGACGAUGGGGGCCCUGCUGGCCCUGACCGGGGGGCGGCCACUCUGCCAGACCCUUGGAGCCGACCUGGACCUGGCGCAGCGGCUGCUCCAGGUGCCCGCAGCGGGGGCCCAGCUCGGCUUCCCUGGCCUGGAGGGCUGGACCCCUGUGGGGGUGGUGGCCGUUGUCCUGGGGGGUCCCUGCUCGCUGCCGGCGUUGCUCUGGAAACUGGGGCCACUGCUGGCCAUGGGGAACAGAGCUCUGGUCCUGUCCCCCCCGGCUGUGGCUCUGCCGCUGCUGCUGCUGGGGGAGCUCAGUGAGGAGGGGGCGGCGCUGCCCCCCGGGGUCCUCAACGUCCUGGUGGGACCCCCAGGGCUGUGCCAAGCCCUGCGUGCCCACCCGGAGAUCACCUCUGUCACCUUCCUUGGAGCCCCCCAGGAGGAGCUGCAGGCCCUGGUGUGGGGGUCUCCGUGCCAGGGGCCGCGCCUGGGGGCUCCCCGGGGCGGCCGCGUCGUCGUCAUCGUCCUCGACUCGGCCGACCUGGACAGCGCGGCCGCCGCCAUCGCUGCCACCCGCCGCCACCCCCCCCGGCGCUGGUGGGGCCUGGGGUUCCCAUGUGGGGGGUGCGUGGUGCUGGCUCAGGACACGGUGGUAGCAGCACUGGAGCGGCGGCUCCAGGCCCGGCUCAGGGUGCGGCUCGGGGACCCCAUGGACCCCAAAACGGAGGUGGGGCCGCUGGCCCCUGGGACCUGCCCACCUGAGCAGGUGGUGCAGGAAGCACAGGAGGAGGGAGCUCAGGUUUUCCAGGCUCCACUGCCACCGUUGCUGGAGGGGGAGCAUCGAUUCUACCCCCCCACGCUGAUCUCAGGGGUGGCCCCGACCUCGCGCUGCCUGCGGGAGCUGGCCCCGGGGCCACUGCUGGUGCUGCUGCCCGUGCGUGGCCCCACUGAGGCUGUGGCCGUGGCCUCGGCACUGCCCCAAACCGCAGCUGCCGCCAUCUGGGCCCAGGACAUCACUGUGGCCUUGGACACGGCGGACAGGCUGCCCCAAGGGCUGGUGUGGCUCAAUGCCCUGGACCUGCUGGACCCCAGUGGGGGCUGCACCGGGGAGGCCACGGACACUGACCUGGAUGAGGCGCUGCAAGAGUUCGGGUGCCCCCCCUGGGAACAGCCCGCCAAGGUGGAUGAACUGCUCAGCCCACUGGUGACCACGGAUGAUCCCGGUGAUCCCGAGCUGGCUCAGGCCGUGGCCGCUGCCCGUGGGGCUGCCCCGAGGUGGGGGCGGCUGCCGGGGGCGUCGCGGGCACGGGUGUUGCGGGGGGCGUCGGCGGCGCUGGAGGGUGGACACGGGACCCCCAAGGACGGCGACAACGGCGACACGGACGGGAACUUGCGGAGGGCGCUGCUGCGCUGGGCGGCGCACGUGGAGCGCGCGGGCGGGGCCGUGCAGGAGGUGCCCGGGGGGCGGGCCCUGGUCUCGCGACGGCCUCUCGGAGUGCUGGGAGUGGCCUGGGGAUGGCACCGCCCCCUCGCGCUGCAGCUCCUCCCCCCGGCGCUCGCGCUCGGAAACUGUGUCGUGGUAGUGGCGCCCCCUGGCGGCCUCGGUCCCGCACAGCGGCUACGGAAGGCUCUGGUGGCCGCGGGGCUCCCGGGGGCUGCCCUGACGGUGCUUCCCGGGAAUUCCGGGCGGUCGGUAUCUCACCUGGCGCGACAGCACCCGGACGGGCUCUGGCUCUGCGGGGGCACCCAGGACUGCGACUGGGCUUCUGCCGUGAGCGUCUCCCGCGUUUGGGGGGUCCCCGCGGGACUCCUGGGGGCUCCGGGGCAGGACCCGCCCGCCGGCACCGAGCGGGAGCUGGAGCUGCGCUGCACCCGCCCCCGCUGCCUUUGGCUGCCAGGGGGUGGUCCCUAAAACGCCCCCAGUACCCCCAAAUCUGCGGGGGUUUCACACCUCCCGCAGUGCCCCCAGCCCCGCGACCCCCACCCCAAUAAACCGCUCCC